CGUCGCAAACAUUGUAUGACUUGACAUUGGAUUUUGUCAUGUUGAAGGAAUUAUUGGUCAAUUUCUAGCCGAUGGAGAGCAGCCGCAAUGGCCGAUGCAUCUUCCCCUUGUCAAGUUUGCAAAUAGGAGGGCUGAAGGAGAAUAGAGAGCCAGGAGACGUGCAAGCUAAACCAGAGUCAAAUGCAGGCAACUCAGAGGAGGUUAAAAGAUGGUUCUCUCUGUUAGAUGCUGCGGCUCUGUCUCGGAAAAGUGCACUAUUUCCUGUCAAGAAACUGAAGAUUUCUUUAAUUAGUAGCAACCUGAAUAAGACCUUAUAUGGCUUCAUUGUAUUUGAAGUGGCAUGGCGUGAUGUUCGUGGAGAGGAGUUUUAUGAUGCUGAAGUAAAUUUCUCAACGACCAGUGUUUUAUAUAGCAAUGAUGAUACUGCUGAUGAUUUCAGUAGUGAUGUUAAAUAUUCUGUCUGUACAAGAACAUGCUUUUUGUACCCUUUAUUUUCGAUUCUCUGGGAAAUACUCUGUGCUCCUAUUCGCGUGGUAAUGGGGUGCUCUAGUCUCAUUGCCAGUGCAAGUGCUUUCAUGUAUGAUGUGAUUCUAGAUUUGUGGAUGUUUUCAAGUGGUAUUCUUCGGCUCACUUCAGAGGUCGAGUCCACAGUCGCCUCGGCUGAGGUUUCCAUAUGGCGCUCUCUUUGGAAUGACAUAUUCUCCCAGAUCUUUCGUGCUCUUCGAAGCAUUCUCCACGGUCUUGUUGCCUUCCUCAUGGCCUGCAACCGGCAUCGCUUAAGGUGUGAUGCCGGUUCCGUCGGCGUCAACUACGGCCGCAUCGCCAACAACCUCCCCUCUGCGGUCAAGGUGGUGGCGCUCCUCCAGUCUCAGGGUCUCACCCGGGUCAAGAUUUACGACACCGACCCCUCCGUCCUCCGGGCUUUGUCCGGCUCCGGCAUCAAAGUCACCGUCAACCUCCCCAACGAGCAGCUCUACAAUGCCGCGGAGCGGGAGUGGUUUGCCCGCGACUGGGUCCGCCGGAACGUCGCGGCCUACCACCCCCGUACCCGGAUUGAGGCUAUCGCCGUCGGGAAUGAGGUGUUCGUUGACCCGCACAACACGUCCCGGUUUCUCGUCCCCGCCAUGGAAAACAUCCAAGAAGCCCUCGUGAAGUUCAAUCUCCACCGCGAUGUCAAGGUCUCCUCCCCCAUUGCUCUCAGCGCUUUGCAGAACUCCUACCCUGCUUCCGCCGGCUCUUUCCGACCCGAGUUCGUCGGACCCGUGUUGAGACCCAUGCUCCAGUUCCUACGCCGGACCGGCUCCUUCCUGAUGGUGAAUUGCUACCCGUUCUUCGCUUACGAGUCCAAUUCCGACGUCAUCCCGCUCGAUUACGCGCUCUUCCGGGAGAAUCCCGGCGUGGUGGAUGCCGGGAACGGCCUCCGUUACUCCAACCUGUUCGACGCCCAGAUCGACGCCGUCUACGCGGCUUUGUCGGCCUUAAAGUUUGACGACAUCAGACUGGUGGUGUCGGAGACCGGGUGGCCGUCGAAAGGAGAUCCCACCGAGCUCGGAGCGAGCGUGGACAACGCCGCCGCGUACAACGGCAACCUAGUCCGUCGCGUCCUUACCGGCGGUGGAACCCCGCUCCGACCCAAGGAGGAGCUCACCGUCUACCUCUUCGCCCUGUUCAACGAGAACAAGAAGUUCGGCCCGACGUCGGAGAGGAACUUCGGGCUCUUCUACCCCGAGGAGACAGAAGUCUACCGAAUCCCCUUCACGGCGGAGGGACUGAAGACCUACCGGGACAUCCGGCCGCCGGUGACCGGAAAUCACUGGGUUUCAAAGCGGGGGCAGGGGAGCGCUACGGGACAGACGUGGUGCGUGGCGAACGCGGAGGCGGGGAAAGAUAGGCUGCAGGCGGGUCUAGACUACGCUUGCGGUGAGGGCGGCGCGGACUGCCGUUCGAUCCAGCCGGGCUCCACGUGUUACGAUCCGGACACGCUGGAGGCCCACGCCUCGUUCGCUUUCAACAGUUACUAUCAAAGGAAGGGGCGAGUGGGCGGCACGUGCUAUUUCGGUGGUGCGGCCUACGUGGUCAUGCAGCAACCUAAAUUUGGGAAAUGCGAAUUGCCCACUGAGGAUUGAGCCAUGGGAUUUGAAUGAAGAUUGUACCGACGGAUCAACUAAGAAUGGCAAAAGGCAAAACAAAAAAAGGGUUUUGUUGAAUUUGAUAGUGUCCUCAAAUUCAUUUUUGCGAUUAGUACAUUGUUAGAACUAAGCACUUAAAUUAGUCCCUAGUUCUAAUUAGUUUGUUUGCUUGUGAUCUUUGCUCUCUUUUAUCCCUCCCUCAUAAACAUAAAUUAAUAAUACUCUCAUCCCUAC